GUACCAAACUAACCCCUCGUCCGCCAUGCCCUCACUUGAACAGCUAAUCGAUGACAAUACCCUGCCCGAUGAUGGUGAAGCUUGGGAUUGCCCAUGCAAAGGUUGUACAAUUCCGGUAGACAUAACUCUUCAAUCAAGCGAUGGUAUUCACUUCGGUGCACACAAAAAGAAUCUCGAAUAUUUCAGUGAAGGAUUUCCACCGGUGGAGUGGACGGACGAGAAAACAGAUGAAAUCGUUGAACUCUCGGAGAAAGAAAUCGUUCUCGAACUCCUGCUCCGAUUCAUGCACAAUGCGGCUCUUCCCAUACUGUCGAAGGAAUGUAGCGGUUGGAACAUCAACGAUUUGCUCGCCUUUAUCGAUGCUGUGGAGAAGUACGGGGUUUUUAUCGCGUUGCAGGCGGGCGACGAAGCACUACGGUCUCGAGCAAGUGAAUUGAGUGCCGAAGAACUUCUCAAGGUGUUGUUGCGAAAGGCUGCAAGGUCCGAUUCGAGUGAUAUAGACGUUUUCGCCCGCCAGAGCCUCAAAAUUCCUAUGAUGGUCGGAUUAAACAUCCUUGAAGCCCACCCGAGGAUUUUUAUGAUAUGGUGCCGAUAUCAGUUAGAGUGGAAAGAAUGGAAAGACGAAUAUCACCAAGAGAUGUUCAAAAUGAGAAGGUGCCACAGGAAUGUUAAUGAUGAAGACUGCAAAGUCCUCAGGAACUACUUGAAUGUGUUUCACCCUAUUAUUCGGAAGAUCGGAGGAGAAUUUCCAGAUCUUCAUCACUUCGAACAAGCGGUGAAUUUGCUGUCUUCAAUACCGACGGUGGGGAAAUUCUGCCAACUCCAGUGCAGUUCUUUCAAAAACUGGAGAGAUGCUUUCAGGGAGUUAUUCAGAAAGCAGAAACGCUGGGUCGACUGUAUCAGUGUAUCAGGAAGUAAUUAAUCCUGGUACACGAGUAAUGUACAAGUUUAGAGAUACAAAGACUGAAUGUUAUCUCGAAUAAUAUCGUUCCUGA